GUUAUACUCCUUUUUUGUUUUGUCCUUAUCUUAAGAGAAAAAAUAAAAUGACAAAUAAAAUCCAGUUGGGUUUCACCUUUCAAUUCAUUGAGACAGGAAGAAAAGGCUGCAACAAUGUUUAAGACAAUAAGAGGAUUGGAGGAGGAAGAAGAGUAUUAAAGGAAUGAAGAAGAGAAACAGCUCUUAACCUACUUAAGUAAAUGCUUCUUUUAUUCCUUCUUGCUGUUGAGUGCUUCAAUUGAGUGAAAACAAUGGUGCUAGGGUUGCCAUGUGGUGAAACUUACUCCUCCUCUUCAAUUAUAUGAGGCUUCUAAUAGGCUCCGGCUUUUCUUGAUACUUGGAAAAAAAAAACUUCUAUUUAUUGAUGAUGGAAGAGCAAAGCCAAAGAGAGACAGAGACACAGAGCCUAUAUCAGAGAGUAAAGUGGUAAAGUGGAUUGACACAAACAAGCCAUGGAGUCUCCUAGGAACCAUGGAGGUUCUGAGGAGGAGGAAUACAGCAGUUGUGAGUCAGGGUGGACUAUGUACAUAGGAGACACCUUUCAUGGAAAUGACCAUUCUUCUGUUGUGGUUGAUGAUGAUGAUGAUGAUUAUGAGUCACAUGUAAAGAAUGAUGAUGAUGAUUAUGAGAAUGAUGAUGGUGGUAAAGAGAGUGAUGAUUCAAUGGCCUCUGAUGCAUCUUCAGGGCCUAGCAAUCAGCUUCCAAAUAACAUCAGCAAACAUGCAGCUAGGAAGAAUGGUUCUAAACAAGUCUACAUUCAAAAACGCCAACACACAGAGAAAGCAUUAAGCAAUGAAGGGGAAAAAUCAGAGCUCAAAGCUAGAACAAGAACAAGUGCAGCUAGUCGUGUCCAGAGUAGAGGCAAGGUGAGCAAAACCAAAUGAUACUCAUGAGAAGAAGAUAUGGUGGUUCACAUAAUAGAAUCCAAAUUCUGUAAUGAAGAGAGAGAGAUGUUUAAGGUCCCUCACCAAUCCUGUUGUUUGUCUUUAAUAAACCAUGUGUGUAGGUAGUUGCUUUGUUUUCAUUUGCCGGAAUAUGUUUUCUUUUUGUAGAUGCUGUCCUAAAUAAGUUAUCUGCACGGUUCUCCGUUGCAACCCUGUUAUAUCAUAUGUAGCAUGUUCUUCACAUACGUAUCUUGAUCUUCAACACAUGAACCAUCAAGAAGAUGAUUCUAGGAAGAGCAGACAUUUCCUGAUUAAUUCACAAACAGUAACCAGAUGAUAACCAAUCUAUAACCAUUGACAAGCACACAUCAUUUAUGAAAUACUAAUCAUUUUUCCAGAGAAAAAAAACUCAUUGAAUAUGAGUAUGACAAAGGGGUUGAUGUCAAAACAGGAGUUUCUAAG